UUACACGCCCAACAAACGCGAACUAUCGCCCUGUCACAACAACCUGUGACCUCCUAUCCGCUGUUGGUACCUCUCUUCAUCUCCCUCCAUCCCUCCUCCCCCGUCAGCCCCCACCCCGCCUCUGUGAGUAAACCCCCCUUUCCCCAGUUCAUUGCCGCCAACCACCAUCAGCCCUUAUAAUCUUCCCAUCACCUUUCCUCAACAACUCAUCCUCUCCAUAUCACCAUUAGGCAAUCAUCAUGGGGCAGAAUCCUUCUCAGAUUAUGGACAAUAUUGUCUCCGGCUCCAAUUGUACCUGUUUCCCAGCAUUUGCCUUGUGGGGUUUUACCGCUAACAUGGUUGCACAGUUGAUCAUGAUGAAGUGGAUCGAUUGCGCAAGAGGUUCAUGAAGCUGGAUAAGGCAUGUUUAUGGGCAUAUCCCGGGCCGUUGAUCGUAUUGGAGCAAAUGGCUUAUUGCUGGGGGCUUACUUAGGACAAUUCCGGUACCAUAGAGCGUGAGGAAUUUCUGAGUCUACCGCAAGUCUCGUCAAACCCCCUAGCCACCAGGUACACAUUCCGGCUUCCCCGUUUGCUGCAUCGUCGAUGAGACGAAACAAGGCUCCGCUUACAAAGCUACGUGCGUGCUUGUGCGCAGGAUGAUCGCUAUUUUUGAUGAAGAUGGUGGUGGUGAUGUCGAUUUCCAGGAGUUCGUUUCCGGUUUGAGCGCUUUCUCCAGCAAGGGGAAUAAAGAAGAGAAGCUCCGGUUCGCCUUCAAGGUCUACGACAUUGACCGGGAUGGUUUCAUUUCCAAUGGCGAGCUAUUCAUCGUUCUCAAGAUGAUGGUCGGGAGUAAUCUGAAGGACCAGCAGCUGCAACAGGUAUGUCCCCAGCUUGUUGAGCUAAUUUCGGGUCCAAACUUUCGUUCCAGCACCACCUCCUUUCCUUCCCCGCCUCAGAAACCAAAAGAACCCAUCCCAAAAGGGGCUCACCGCUAAUGUAUGUCUUACAAUAUUCGCCUCUAGAUCGUGGACAAGACCAUGAUGGAGGCGGACGAGGAUCUGGAUGGCAAGAUCAGCUUUGAGGAGUUCUGUAAAAUGGUCGAGCACACUGAUGUCUCGAUGAGUAUGAUGACCCUGGAUCAGUUCUAAUUUUCUAGGCGAAUCCCGGUUUUACCAACAAGCUCCCGUGGCAAUAUCUCUUCAUUUUCUCCCACUCUCUCCUCCCCCUGCAUAUUUCUUUUCUUUUCUUUUCUUUUCUUUUUCUUUUUUGCUCUUAUUGAAGGCGAUAGCGCUCGCUCGUUCGUUCAUUCGUUUUUUUUUUGCCCUUUUCGCCUUCGGCCUGUGUUCUCAUGAAUAGUAGUUGAUGUCUGAUACUCCCGAAAGAGAUAUGUUUUGGGGCCUGUUGUUCCGGGUUCAAUGGUUGUCUCAAGCAUCCUAAUCGUCCCAAGUGGCUACGAUGGCCGAUCGCCACAAAUGAGGCGGCAACUCAUCGAUCUCGUGCACCUAGCGGUUCGCCUCACUGUCACAUCGUGCGUCCGCCCCAAAUUCCACGACCCAUCGGAAGAACAUAUGGAGCCCGUGCCACCCGCCCUUCCUCCUUUCAGCUCUUGAUGGUGUACAAGAACCAGAACAUUCAAAGCUCACAAGUUGUCAUUACCGUACUGCCUACUGCACUAGUACAAGUACCUAUAAUACUCUAAUCACCAACCGCCAGCCGCUACCGCACGCUACCGUAUUGUAGCACCCUCUGUGUGAUCACUGGUGAUGAUGGGAUGAGGGGAGUUUUCCUUUCUCUCUCUCUUUUUUUCUUCUUGGGCCCCGAAGAAUUCCGACCGUAAAACAAAUUGUCGCGUCUCUAUUCUACCUCAUAGUGAAUUCAUGCAAUAAUAAUAAAAAAAUAAAAAAAGGGAAAAAGGGAAAAACACGACGUUAUCUUUCGACCUUCUCUCUCCAUAUUCCCCCUCCUGACUCCCUUCCCGCAAUUGUCCCCCUAAAUGAUACAAAUACAUAUAUUCAGAUAAUCUAUAACCCAGUAACUCCUCGACAGGCACCGACCAACCCCAACACCAAGUUUAUACCCAUACCAUAACAUCUACUGAAGC